GUUGCAGGAACCCCUGCGUUUCCCAGACACCCGUCAGCCUCCCUGAUUCCCUGCUGACCCAGAAUCUUGGAUUCUAGUCCCUAAGAGCGUGGAGUUCUAGUCCUUAACUUCCUUUUCCUUCAGGAUUCAGAGUCCAGACGACUGCUUCCUGCAUUUUCAAAGACCCAGAGGUCCAGAUUCCAAUGCUCUCCUUAGGAUGCAGGAGUCCACGACUCAGGUCCUUCCUACACCACCAAGGUCCAGGAGUUAAAACUCCAGCCCUCUAGCUUCAGACUCAGAACUCCAGGCCCCAACCCUUCUUCAAAUCCAGCAGUCCGUGAGCAAGAACUACUUUCUGAAGCUCAGAACUCUAGGCCUCAGCCCUCUACUUCAGUCCUAAGUGUCCAAGCCCUACCCCUGGUAUCUCACACUGUGGGUCCUGGUCCCAGCCCUCCUUUCUCAGACCCAGGGGUUUAGGGCCCAGCUGCCCUCCCUUAGACCUGGAUAUGUAAGACCCCCCCCCCCAGAAGAUCUGGCCCAGUACUUCUGUCUCUCUCUAAUCAGUUACGGCCUCUCCCGAACUUCCCCCAAAUGACCACCGCCUGUCAUCCACUUUGACCCUGCUCUCCGGCGGCCCUGCCUUCCUCUCUGUCCAGGUCUCCACCCCAGCCUUGGCAAUGACCCUGGCAGCCUCCUCUCAGCGCUCCCAAAUCAUCCGUUCCAAGUUCCGCUCUGUCCUGCAGCUUCGGAUCCACAGACGGAAUCAAGACUGCACUUCAGAUCCGUGGAUCUCAGCCUCAGGCCCAGCUCUGGCUCCAGCUCUGCCCCCUGUUCCUGCUUCCUUCCUUGUCAGCCCUGGCAUCGUGCCCCCUGAGCCAGCCUAUUGUCCUUGGAGGUCUCCAAAGAAGGAAUCUUCCAGGAACUCUCAACACUGGAAGGAGCCCAAGGUCAGGGGGAACUUGACAUAUCACCUGUACAUGCCUCCGGAACGGAGCCAAGGGCCUAGGGCAGAUCUCCAACAGGAGGGGUCAACCCUGGGUCCCCCGGGGCCACCUCCGUGGGAAGAGAAAAACUCACAGAGGCCACACCCUCGGAUGAAGCCCUCCUCAUCAGGAGACUCCAGUCCCUCACCCCCUGCACACAAGCUGGAACUUCAGACCCUUAAACUGGAAGAGCUGACGGUCUCAGAGCUCCGGCAGCAGCUGCGCCUGCGGGGACUCCCAGUCUCCGGGACCAAGUCGAUGCUCCUGGAGCGCAUGCGCGGUGGCGCCCCGCCCAGAGAACGGCCGAAACCCCGGCGCGAGGACAAAGAGGCCGCGGCUCCCUGGCCGCGCCUCAAGCCUAAGACGCUGGGACCAGCCCGGCGGUCGGGCACGGUAAAGGCAAAUGCAGCGACUCAUAGGCUGAGGUUUUCUGGAGCUGCGGAUCCCCUGAGGGCAGCUCUGGCUCCCGCUCCCGCUCUGGGUUCCGCUCCAGCUCCGGCUCCAGUUCCAGCUUCAGCUCUGGCUCCCGCUCCAGCUCCGGCUCCAGUUCCAGCUUCAGCUCUACUUCCAGCUCCAACUCCCUUUCCAUCAUCUUCUCCAGCCAGCCUGACUCUGGAGGAGGAGCUGCAGGAAGCGAUCCAUAGGGCGCAGCUGCUUCCGAACCAGGACAUCGAUGACAUCCUUGAAGACCAAGUGGAGCCAGAUGACCUGCUGCCUCCCAUCCCCUUGGACUUCCCUGGCUCAUUGGACGUGCUGUCUCCCUCCCCGGACUCGGAAGGCUUCUCUUCCGUCUUCUCUUCUUCACUCCCAUCCCCUUCUAGCUCCCUGUCCCCUUCUCCAAGGGCCCUCACAGAUUCCUUGGACUGGCUGGAGGCCUUGAGUGGGGGUCCACCGCUGGGCUCUGGGCCUCCAGGCCCCAGCAUCUUCUCAGCGGACUUAUCUGACUCCAGUGGCACUCGGCUUUGGGAACUGCUGCCAGAUCCAUGGUGAAGGACCCUGGGGUUUUCAAGGAGCAGUCACCUGCACCCACAAACACCCUCUAACUACAGAGGGCUCAAGAUGCCCUCAUCCCCUCCGGACCCACUGCUGCUGACACACAAAUGCUGGACCUGCCUACUUGGUCUCUGUGUGACCCCUUCCUCCCGUCCGUGUAGUUGCGGGUGGGGGUUCAUUUGCUACUGGCCAGUGCAAACAAGCUUGCUGCCUCCUUCAGAGACCUGCAGGGUGUGUGCACCACUUUCUCCCGACCCUGGAUGGCUGCCUGUCAUCUGGGAAUCGAAGUUUGUGCUGUUUGGGUUCAGGAAAGGACAGGGAGAGUAGAAGGAAGGCAGACCCCUGCUCUAGUUAUAGGUGAGGGAAUCAGUGAAUCACCACCACCUAGUGGGUGGUGACUCUAAACUCCCUAUCACCUUGAACCUAUGAGUGUUGUGAUUAUACCUAGCUUUCUUGCUUUUUUUGUUUGUUUGUUUGUUUGUUUGUUUUUCGAGAUAGGGUUUCUCUGUGUAGUUCUGGUGCCUGUCCUGGGUCUGGCUCUGUAGCCCAGGCUGGCCUCGAACUAUCCUCCUGGCUCUGCCUCCCAAGUGCUGGGAUUAAAGGCACCAUCACCGCUUGGCUGCUUUCUUGUUUUGUUUUGAGAGCAAGUCUUGGUAUGUAGCCGAAGCUGGCCUCUAACUUGUGACAGUCCUCCUGCUUCAACCUUGUGAGUGCUGAGCUUAGAGAUGUGAGUCACCACACCCAGCUCUCAUGGUUUGUUGAAGGGCUUCCGGGAGCUAGGUGGGGAGAUGGAUGGCAAAAGAAAGAGGAGCUAGAAUGUGACCUCAGGUGAGCCUCCACCCCGUGCUGUGAGGAUGGCUGCCUGGUGAAUUAAACUGUGGGUUUCCUGUACUUAUGGCUCAUGAGACUGGGCCUUUGCAUCUGUGUUUGGGCUUAUUAACAAACCCACAAAACAGAAUUGCAUUAGAUACUUUUGCAUAGCUGUAACCAACAUACUCAGGGGAACAAGCUAAGGGAGGAGGAACUUAAUUUGAAUCUUAGAAGGUUCAGUUGUGGUUGUUCAGCCCCACUUGCUUGGGUAGGACACCAUGAUGGCCAGAUGUAUGGAAGAGAUUCUUCACUUCACAGUGGACAGGAAGCAGGGAGAGAGAGAAACAGGAAGGAGCUAGGAUGAGAUACCCCUGAGACCUACCGUUUCCAGGCCUCUCCAAAUAGCAUCACCAUGUACGUGUGAGCCAGUGCGGGACAAUGCAUAUUCGAAGCAUAACAAUAAUUGGCUAUGGUUUACUGGGUUCUGCAGGGGAGUUAUUCAGCUCCACAAGGUGUUGGAGAAGGAUGUAGUCAUCCCUAAGCCCAGAUGGGGGAGGAUAUCCAGCGUGGCUCACUCAGCUAUGUUAGGUACCAUGGAGGAGAUGGGGAGAAGGCUGAGCCCAGCUGGGUCAUUGGAUGUCUGGACCCUUGUUCUCCACGAAGCCUCAGCUCUCUUCUCCACGUGUUCUCUCUACUAGAAACCUGGACUUUUUAUAUGGUAGCCCAGGGCUUCCAAGAAUGAAUGUUCUGCUUGGAGUGGUAGCACACGUCUUUAAUCCUAGCACUCAGGGCAAUAGACGUGAAGAGCUGAGGCAGGAGGAUCAGAAGUCCAAGAUCAACUUCAAUUAUAGAGAGUUAGAGAGUUCAAGACCAGCCUGGGCUACAUGAGACCCUGUGUCACAAACAGAGAGAGAGAGAGAGAGAGAGAGAGAGAGAGAGAGAGAGAGAGAGAGAGAGAGCGGGAGCUGAACACUUGAGACCACCAGACAGCAGACAUGGAUGAUUGCCGAUGUCUUUGGGCCUGGCAGUAAAUUUUGUCUCAUUUUGUCUCCUUUUGAUCAGAAGGUUAUCGGGAAAGAUGGAACUAGUGUUAAAGGCACUGGGGGGUAGGAUGUCAAUCAGAUGUAUCAGAGUUGAGAAAACCAAGAGCCUGAGUUUUUACUUCAGUAAAGCACAGUAAUCAUACUCCCAGUGCAGAUUGACAUUUUGGUGGCUGUGGUAUGUGGGAUCAUGGAAUUAUGACUGAUCAAGGACAGAAACCCUGGCGAGUGGAACAGGGGUCAGAAAAAUAGCUGAGCUUCCAAGGGUUAGGGGGCACUGGUAGAGAACUUCCUGGAAGAUGGCGUCCUGGAAGAGGGAUGUGAAGAAGACAUCAAGGUGUGGAGGAAGCUGGCUCCUGGGAAAGCUGGUAAGGUUGAGUGCUCUGAGUAAGACAGCAGAAAGUCUGUGGCCAGCCCAGGCUGGAGACAGACCGAGCUGCCGAGCGGGUCCUGAAGGGCCCGUGAUGAGCUGACAGAGGAGUCCCCAGCCCUAGAGGGUCAAGAGGAUGUAGUGGGCUUCUUCUUCAGGCUUUAGACACCUCCCUUCUUUUUUUUUUUGACACUUCCCUUCUUGUUUCUUGUAUUUUUACAUUUUUAUAUGUGUGUGUACACACACCACAUACACGCUCAGGUCCUCGGAAGCCUGAGGAACCCAUCACUCCCCUGACGCUGGAGUGGCGAGCUGCCUGACAUGGGUGCCAGGAACUGUAACAGCACCUGCAAGAGCGGCAAGCCGUCUCUCCAGAGCCCUAGUCCUCCAUUUUGGAGACAGCAUCUGAUUGUCCUCAUUCCCACGCCCUUCUCUCCCUGAGGCCACUCAGGUCCUUUCCUGGCCCAUGUCCUCUGCCUCCAUUUAGUCUCCUUGCCGUCUCUGGUUCAUCCUCUGGUGAAGGAAGCAUCCUUCUCCCCAUCCUUGCCCAGUCACAGCUGCCUGCCGUCACUCAGCUGUGUAACCCAUCCCUCAUCCCUGGAGCCUUGAGCUCCGGACACCAGUUUCCAACCGAGGCUCCCUCCCACCUCCUGCCCACUGUUACCAUAGCCCUCAGCCAGUCAGCCUGGGUGGAGAGCACUGCAGAGCCCUUCACAGCCCCGGGAGAGGUAGGGUUGGGGUGGAGAUUUGGAAGGCUAGGGCAGGUUUGGUGUGGGUGCUGGCUUGAGCACAGAGCAGGCAAAGCUGAGACCAGCGCUCCUCACCACUGUUACCCUGACUUCACAUACUUCAGUCCCUCCCCUGGCCUCAGUGUCCCUGGGAGCCCCAAACCUGUUCUUUCACCCACCUGCCACCCUGGUCUUCAGAGAGGGGAGAACAUCUUUUUUCCUUCCAGUUCCUUCUUCCUCCUUCUCCUCUCCUUCACCUUCCUUCCACAAGACAAGAUCUCCCCGUGUAGCCCAGGCUGUGUUCAAACUGGACAUCAUCAGGCUUCAGCUUCUAGAGUGCUCAAAAUAGGUGGACUACACAUAACCCCUUAUCUUAAACGUGAUUUGGUUAUAUAGCUGUAUGACUGUCAAAGAUCAGUGGACACAGAGCUGGCCUAUCUUGAUGGCAUUUGGAGAUAGAAUUCACAUUCCAAAUGAUCCACCCAUUGAUAGGUAACGUUUAUUGCUUUCCCUAUUCUCAGUUCAUCUCCCACGAUGAUCAGUUUUCAUUCAUUUUCUGUCCUAUUGUUUUGUUUUGUCUUUUGAUUUUGAGGCAGGGUCUCUACAUAGCCUGGCUGGCCUGGACUCACAGAGAUCCACAUGCCUGCUUCUCUGCCUCCUGAGUGCUGGAAUUAAAGGUGUGCACCACCCUCAUCCCCCCUCUCCAGAUGGAGGAAUGGCUCAAACCCAUUUUAUCACUUUCAAGAAUGUGAAAUUGGGCUGAGAAUGAUUGGCCAUGCCUUUGACCCUAUCACUCUGGAGGCAGAGGCAGGCAGAUCUCAAGGCUAGCCUGAUCCACAUUAUGAGUUCCAGGACAGCCAGGGCUAUGUAGAGACCCUGUCUCGAAAGACCAAAAGAACAAAAACAAAACAAAACAACAACAAAAAAAACCAACCCCCCCAACAACAACAAUAACAACAACAAAAAACAAAAACAAAAAAACCCCAUGUGAUUUCAUUUCUUUUAGAUUUUGCAAUUUUUUUUUCUUUUUUGUUUUUUUUUGAGACAGGGUUUCUCUGUGUAGCCCACUCUGGCCUCAAACUAAGAGAUCCACCUGCCUCUGCCUCCUGAGUGUUGGGAUUAAAAGUGUAUGCCACCCCAGCCCAGCCUGGAUUUUGUGAUUUUCUUUGUCUCUGAGACUGGCCUGGACUCCCUGUGUAGCUAGCUGAUGUAGCUCCUGAUCUUCCUGCACUGUCACACCCGAGAAGGUGUCGCCCGUGUGACAAGUGCCGAUCUGGUGGUCUCACGAGGAAGGGGGGCAUGUGUCUCUCGAGGCUAGCCCCCCCCCCUCCGGCGGUCCCCUGGCAAUCAGCCCGAGCAAUGGUUCCUGGAUACAUUGUUCCCUAAAGACCAGCCUUCCGUGGAUGGUUGGCAGGACUCCUGCUUCUUUCUUCUUUCCUGACAAUAACAACCUCCCUGUGCCUGGACUCCCGCAGACGCUGGCU